AUGAUGAAGAUCGGAGCGCGAGGGGCACGGGCGUGGGUGGAGGCAUAUGUCUUGCAUGGGCGUGAUAUCCCCAUCCUGGAUGACACCCUUCGCGUUGUGACGGGGAAAGAGAAAGGGGGCCGAUGUCCUAAGCCACAGGACCGGAAUGAGCUGACAUGCAACGAGGAGCAAGAAGACCAAUGUUCGUCGGAUGGGGAUUGUUCGGGUGAUGGCAAAUGCUGCUUCACCGGCUGUGCUCGCAUAUGCAUCCAUCCCCUCUAUACAGGUAAUUCCAUCGCCCAUGUACUAUCCAGACGAGUCUCCAGACCUAGCCUGAUGGCCCUAACCCAGGAACGACGAGAUGAGAUAAGAGGCCGACUGGGAGGGGCGGAGUGCGACUGA